UUUCAAUUCUACCACACACCGCGGCAAUUCUCCACCUAGUCCAUCAUAUUUACACAUACGAGAUAGCGAACACGAAUAUCCUGAGUCGGAGCGCGAGACUACGGCCGUCUCAGUCUUGUGCGACACCGUGGAACAACCGACGGGCGAAAAUCGGCCCUCUCCAUCUGGACCGGUGGGAUCCUUUACGCACCGUAACGCUCGGCCUCGGAUUCACAACGCGGACGCAAGACAUGCCGGAGUCUGUAGAAAACGGAGAGACGGCACCGGCGCCGAAGCCCACAGAGCAGCCGCUUGUUAUGCAGAUCAUCGUCAGACGCGACCUCUUUGAUGCUGAGGGAUGGGGUGUCGGUCCACUCAUAGCCCAAGUCGCCCACGCUACUUCUGCCGUGCUACACGAGACUCGCGAGCGCCCUGAGACCCAGGCCUACCUAGAAGAUCUCAAAAACAUGCGUAAGGUGGUGCUACAGACGACUGACCAACCGAGUAUCGAACGUCUCGCGAACCUCCUCGCCGCCAGCGACCCACCCGUUCCGCAUCACCUCUGGGUCGAACAGCCGGAGAACGUGCCGACGUGCCUUGCUCUCGCACCGAACCGGAGGGAAUCGAAAAUCAAGAAGGCGCUCGAUAAGGCCGGAUGUCGCCUCUGGAAAGCAUAGCGCUCCGACGAGCGCGUUGCAUGUUAGUGUUUGACGGCGAUCUCGAUCACUCCAUGGCUCUACUUCUAUCUCUCCGCGCUCGUAGUGUUUCCUCUGAACAAGCGGACUCUGCUAUGUCGCACGGCGCCCAUAUGGGACCAUUAUAUCCCUCCCCACGCGAUCGAAGUUAACUAUGUUUUCCUCGGACGAGUCACUGAAGACACGCCGGUUCAAACUUGCGCUUUCCGAACGGAUUCAGUAGCCGCGAACUGAGCAGAUAUGUAAUGUUGUACCAUCAGCUGUAAGCCAUACUCAGCCGCGCUCCGGAGCACAAUGCGGAGCACAAAUGCUUAGCCACAUCCGCGAGCCCACACAAAACCAAGGCGCAGCCACAACGCCGCCGUCCCGUCCUCCCAUCACCAUCGACUACAUCCACACGGUGCCCAUCCGCUCAUAGCUCACACCGUCAUGGAAGUCACUCAAGGCGGUUGGCAAGAGGCUGAUCAUCGCGAGCCGCCACAAGAAGCGGAGGGUCGCGAUCACCUACCCUUCCGCAUAGGAAAAUGGGAAUUCUUAUCCUUGCAUAUGCUCAACAGCUACUCAAAGCCGUCCGUCCAGGACGAGCUCGAGUCGUUCCUCCACGUCAUCCUCUACAUCGCCAUCCGACUCCUUCCCCACAACUGCUCUGACUCGGCGAUAUCCCGCCUUCUGCACGACUUCUUCGAGGAUUCUAUUCC